AUGUCAUUAAUGGGCCAGAAACAGAGAAAGCUCACGUCUUGUCUACAGAUGUCAUCAAUGGGCCAGAAACAGAGAAAGCUCACGUCUUGUCUACAGAUGUCAUCAAUGGGCCAGAAACAGAGAAAGCUCACGUCUUGUCUACAGAUGUCAUCAAUGGGCCAGAAACAGAGAAAGCUCACGUCUUGUCUACAGAAGUCAUCAAUGGGCCAGAAACAGAGAAAGCUCACGUCUUGUCUACAGAUGUCAUCAAUGGGCCAGAAACAGAGAAAGCUCACGUCUUGUCUACAGAAGUCAUCAAUGGGCCAGAAACAGAGAAAGCUCACGUCUUGUCUACAGAAGUCAUCAAUGGGCCAGAAACAGAGAAAGCUCACGUCUUGUCUACAGAUGUCAUCAAUGGGCCAGAAACAGAGAAAGCUCACGUCUUGUCUACAGAAGUCAUCAAUGGGCCAGAAACAGAGAAAGCUCACAUCAUGUCUACAGAAGUCAUCAAUGGGCCAGAAACAGAGAAAGCUCACGUCUUGUCUACAGAUGUCAUCAAUGGGCCAGAAACAUAGAAAGCUCACGUCUUGUCUACAGAAGUCAUCAAUGGGCCAGAAACAGAGAAAGCUCACGUCUUGUCUACAGAUGUCAUCAAUGGGCCAGAAACAGAGAAAGCUCACAUCAUGUCUACAGAAGUCAUCAAUGGGCCAGAAACAGAGAAAGCUCACGUCUUGUCUACAGAUGUCAUCAAUGGGCCAGAAACAUAGAAAGCUCACGUCUUGUCUACAGAAGUCGUCAAUGGGCCAGAAACAGAGAAAGCUCACAUCUUGUCUACAGAAGUCAUCAAUGGGCCAGAAACAGAGAAAGCUCACGUCUUGUCUACAGAAGUCGUCAAUUUGCCAGAAACAGAGAAAGCUCACGUCUUGUCUACAGAUGUCAUCAAUGGGCCAGAAACAGAGAAAGCUCACGUCUUGUCUACAGAAGUCGUCAAUGGGCCAGAAACAGAGAAAGCUCACAUCUUGUCUACAGAAGUCAUCAAUAGGCCAGAAACAGAGAAAGCUCACGUCUUGUCUACAGAUGUCGUCAAUGGGCCAGAAACAGAGAAAGCUCACGUCUUGUCUACAGAUGUCGUCAAUGGGCCAGAAACAGAGAAAACACUUUUUGUGUCUACAGAAGCGAUCAGCAGUACAGAAAUAG